CGGGAUGGCUCCAGCCGCGGCUUCCGCCGCCACUUCCAUGGAUUACAAUGGAGAUUUCCAAGCGGGUUAUCAGGAAAUCGACGGCAUCAGUUUGGGUUACCUGCAGAUUAACGGCACGAGGAUGUUUGCUCUGACCCAGGUCUUCAGCGACCUUUUUAAGGACAUUCCUCGGGCCGCCGUGAGCAAAAAAAUGGAAAGCCUCAAGAUCCAGAGUCGCCGGUGCGACUUGAAGGAGCUGCGCACUCUCAAAGCCAUCCAGUCGGUGCCAAUGCGCGCCGUCAAGUGUUCGCUCAUUUCCAAGGCAGACCUGGAGGCCCUCUGCACCUCCUGCAAGGCCUUAACUCCCAGGAGGAGGAAGAGGAAGAGGAAAGUCAAGAGGAGGGAAGCCGAGGUUCUGUUCGAGCGGCCCCGGUUACUCCCGGUGUAUGACGAACCCGACCACCACGCCUUUCGUGCCACUUUGGGUGCCGGCUGCGCCAAGCGCGAAGCGCUCUUCGGAGCUCCAUUUGCUAGGAGCUACGAGAAACCUGCGCCGCCUUCCAAAAGCUUCAGCCGGAACGGUAGAGCGCACCUCCUGGCCGGCGUCCUCAACGCUUACCCCGGGGACUUGCAAUUCCUGCACUCGGCAGUCAGGGCGCACGGAACCGGUCAACCGCCUCGCGAGCCGGAGAUCGGGCGCCCUAAGCGCUCCACUUGCGGCUGCCUGGCCAAGAAAGGUCGCUCAGCCUCUACCGCCGGCUCCAAGAGGCAAGGUACGUCGGCUGGCUAUUCCAGUGAUUCGGAUUCCAGCGGCGCGUCAAGCCCGGCAACUUCCAGCGAUUCUUCGGAAGAUGAGGAGGAGGAGGAGGAAGACGACGAUGAAGAGGAGGAGGAGGACGAAUCUUCCUGCAGUAGCGAAGACGGCAGCUCCUCCGGGUCAGAAAGUAGUUCUCUAUGCAGUGGCGACUCAGUGCAAAGCACGCGGUACAGACAGGCCGCCCUUCCCCGCAUCCCUCCCCAAAAUGCAUCUUCUCAAGUCUUUCCCAGCGUGUCCAAAGCACUGCGUCCCGACCCGAACUUGAUCUUUUGGGCCAGGACGUUGCGCGCGUCCACUUUGGAAAGUUUCAAGCCGGUUGCUACCACUACGCCCAAGGAGCUUCAGCAGGACAGAUCGGAGGCCCGGCAUUCUCGUCCGGUCGGCCCUAGCGAAAGACCGCAGCCAAAGAACGUAGGCGUCAGGGAGGCGUCGGAGUUGGGUGUCCAGGAGGGUGAAGAGGCCGACUUCCUGAGCAUUCCCGAUGGUGUCCGAGCCGAUGAGCAGGAUAAAACCGAGAAAGCCGCGCUUCAGCAGAUCUCCGAGGAAGGGUCAGGCAGAGGGGCCCAUUUCGACCGGCUUAUCAGGCAAUCGAAACUGUGGUGCUACGCCAAAGGGUUCAACGUGGAUGGGAAAGGGUUUCGCAGAGCCGAGCAGGCCAAAGGGUGUUCUCCCACUUCCAAAGCUGGCCUCCUUAGCCUGGCCAACAGACCGCUGAAAGGGAGCAGCGACUCGGAAAGGAGUGCCAGGAGAAGUCGAGUUGACCAGGCCAAAGGGAGGCCCCCCAAGAUCCCGAGGAAGAAGACCCCAAAGGGGGGCACCCCGCCUUGCAAGCGCUUGCUCAGUACCAGUCCAGGGCCUGUAAGGAAUUCAUUUACUUUGAUGGGCACUUUUCCAUGUACCCCCGCAUUAGUCGUGGGUUCCGAUGGGGAUCUGUGUCCUGCUUCCUCCCUAUGCGUCAAAGACUCUUGCACCCUUGCCAAAACGCACCCACUUUGGACCUGGCAGCUGGGGGGCAAUGCCAUCCCCAUGCCUCCCAGCCUGAAAUUUGGGGGAUAUGGUUUUGAAAAAGUCUAGAUGGAAGAUUUUAAAUUAGUUUAUGUGCAACAAUUUGUCUUUUGUGGAGGGAAGAGUGUGGAUGGGAAAGGAAAAAUAGAAUAUAUUCUGUAAAGAAAAGGAAACUGAUCUUGCAAUCUCAAGUACAUAAACUUGGAAAUAACCUUUUUGGUUUCAGUGGCCUUUAAUUCCAAGUCAUGUGAUAAUAGCAAUUGAUGAUGUUUAAACUCAUUUGCCCCAAAGUAAGACUAGCUGAAAUAGAUAAAAAUGUUUUUUAAAUAUAAAAAGUGCAAUCAAAUAUAUAAUUAUUCAGAAGGAAUUUUGGGAUUUAAUUAUGUAUAAGUGGCUGUAAGUUUGAAGCCUAAAAGUUUUCAAAAGAAGAAUGGACUUUUGAUUCCCAAAUAGCUCAAGUUUUUUUAAAAAACAAUCCUGAAAAUCCCCAUCUCUUGCCAUUUCUGACAUUCCUUUAUUUAUGCCAUUGGCUUUGUUUUAAAGAGCCCAUACAAACAGUAAUUCUUAAUAAAAUUGCACACCUUUGAAACUAUAAAAAAUUAAAUCUUACUUGACAAUGAUUAUAGGGAGCCAAAAUAAAUGAUUAAAAAGAAAUGUUGACAGUAAGAGAAAGUAACUUGAAAAUAAAGUUGAGUAUAAAUAUCUAACUUCUAUGCUUUAGUUGGGGAUACAGUGUUUUUGUUCAUGUUGCACAUUUAUAUUAUAGGAGUUGCAAUAACAAUAAUUAAAAAAAAGAUACAGGCUUUUUGGAGAAAAUCUGGUCUCCUUUCCUUUUAACAUGCAGUGGUUUGUUCCAGGCUGCGAAAUUGGGAAAAGCUGUGGGGGUGUGUUGUAGGGAAUGAGAAAGUUUCUGGACAAGGCUCCCCUCCCCUCUCCAACUGAAAGACCCUUCUCUUCUCCCCCUCCCCCAUUAGCAAAGUUAAAAGUAUGCUCUCUUCCCAGCCCCCAACUUUCUUCCUUAAUUUGGAAGAGAAAUGGAAUGGCCUUUCAACUGCAGCACAUUAAACUCAUCAAAGGAUCACUCCCCUCCCCAUUCCAUUCACUUCCUGAUUAAAACUUAAGCAAAGCCAAUCUGACUACUUUAUCCCCAAUACCAGAACUUUGAGAAGAAGAAAGAAAAGUCUUCUUUUCUUCUUCUUUUUCAAUAAAGAAAAAUUAUUUUAAACAAAAGUAGAAGCAAAAACUCCUUAUCUUUCCUGCAUGAAGGGGAAAAAAGUUGUUUACAUUUUUGCAUCUUUUCAAGCAAUUUUUUUUGGUUAAUAGAUCCCUGACAUUAGUAGCCCAAAGUAAUAUUCUGUUUAUUUAAACAUUUGCUGGAAAGAAUAAAUUGGAUCCAGGGGUAAAUUUGAAUGAAACACAGAUGGACAAUUUGAUCUCCAAAGUGAAAUGUAGAAAAGAGGAAUUCUUUUGUCUUUGCCAGAGAAAACAAGUGACCCCUUUCUCUCAUGCAAAUAGUUCUUUAUUGUUUCAUGUGUAAUAUACCCCUUUGUCUUCCAAGAUUUCUCUGUGUCACCAAACUCAAAUUUAAAUUGCAAUCUCCAUCUCUGAGAGUAGAAAACCUCUAUGACUGUAAGGUAUAAUAUAUAUAUAUCUUCAGUUUCAAAAUCUUAUCUCAGGGAAGAAAGAGUACAGUUGCCCCUAAACAGAUCUGGCCUUGCUACACAAUCCAUAAAUACCACAAGCAAAAUAAAAGUUUAUAAGUGCAAAACAAAUUUAAUCAGGAGGUAAGUCCUUCUGGAAUUACUGGACCUUAAACCCCUAAGUCUACAUGAUUUUAUCUAUAAGUAAGCUAUGCAUCAACUGACUUUAUUCUCAACUGUGCAGUCAAACAGUUACAUAUUUUGGAAAUAUAUACCAAUAUUUGUCUACAUCUAUUAUUAAAAUAUGCUUUCCCGAAGAAGGGGAC